AUGGUCCGGGCGGCCCAGGUGAGCACUUACACAGCCAUCCAGCAGAAGCACCCAAAGGACAAGCGCCGCAAAAUAUGCUUGAAGGUCCAGCCGCGUGGCCAGGAUUACAAUGCGAUGCCGGCCUCAGUGACUAGGGCUACAGCAUCCUGCGUGGUGGGGGUGCCCAGCAGGCGACAGGGGAGAGGGGAGAAAGAACCUGCCCGCAUCUGGGACAUCACACACACUCGGAGCCAACUCGCCGGGAGGACGCUCAGGCUGAAAUGCGCGGUUUGCUUAAAGAGCAGGGCUGGGCCUUCCCCGGUUUCUCCCGGUUCUGAAUGUCGAGGAAGAGAAGAGUUCCCGUUGCCAGGCGGCGUCUGCCACCCCUUCCCCUCUGGGCCCCCCUGUGCGGACCCCCAGGCCUGCCGAGCCCGGGAGGGUGGCGCGGACGCAGGGCUGGCGGGCUGGGGCGGAUGCCGGCGCGGAGGUGGCGGGAGAGACGCGCUGGAACAGAAGGGGGAGAAGGAGCGAGCGGCAAUCCCGCUGCUCCGGGCACGGCAGGCGCUCGCCGGUGCUCGGCUCUGCGGGCUGCGGCCCCGCAACCACUCCCCGGGCCCGCUCCUGCCGCACGGCCGGCCACCGGCUGCUUCCCGCGGCGACGAGCGCUCGGCGGAGCGGUCGCCAUCUCUUCCGGUGGCUUCGCUGGAGCCGGGAGGGGCGGGGAGAGCCCCCUGCCCAUCCCUGCCCAUCCCUGCCCCGCCCCGGCCGCUGCAGUCGCGCCGGGCCGCAGCCCCGCCGGGCGACUCCUCCACCGGCCCCCAGGCCCUCCCCAGCUCCGGGAGAGGAGCCCCGGGCCACCUCGGGCCUCCCUUCGGGGCGUGCGCCGGACCUCAGCCCGAACCCGAUGCAGGAAGAGGCAGGGCGGGGCCGGCCGCGACGCAGGAGCGGGAAGCGAGGCUGGAGAGGGGGCGCAGGGAGCGGGAGGGGCCCCCAGCAUACUCCAGGAGCGGGCGGGAGCUAAACCCCGCCCUCCACACGGAUGUCCCUGUGAACCACAGGAACCACCCAUCUCUGGUCUCGGAAAGACCAACAGGAGGAAUGGAAGGCCCAGCUCCCCUCUCCUCCCCCCAGCCUCCACCACCACCUGCAUAUCCCGGAUCGCAGCCCGCUUGGCUGAACCCCCAGGCCGCUGAGCCGAGCAUAGAUUGAUGUAGCAUAAGUGCUCAAUAAACGCCCAUGGACUUGGCUAGUGGAUGGACUUGCAGGGGACGCUGCUCCAGCAGGAGAGAAAGGAGGCCUGAUGCUCAUCUCCCCUGCCAAGGGGAACCCAAGUGCCGUGGACGCUGCCAGAAUUUGUGGAGGGACC